AGCACCACGGACAGCGAACCAUCGGGAGCUCGGACACAAGCUAUCCAUCGAUAUUGGACUGAACUGGCAAUGAGGAGUUUGGUUUGGAGGGAGCUACUAAUUUUCAUUUGAUCACACAAAGACUUUUUCGCUGCUCGCCAAAGUAAGCAUGUUCUUGUCUUGAUCUCUGAGUAAAACACUGAUGUAGUGUAUGCGUGAGUUUAAAAAUGUAGCUUUGUAUUAGGAGUACAACAAAUCAUUCAGCAAAGAGUUGGGAUAGCACCUGUGCGGGCAUAACCUAUUAUCGUAACGCGGAAAUUAUUUUAGAGCUUGUAACCAAGCAGAUCUGCCGUGCGUAAAAGCUGUGGCACUGUUCCCAGCGUUCUGCCGCUUGACGCGCGACACAGCGGAUGAACUGUGUGUUUGCAGUGUGAGGUAGGGUGAGGGUUUACUAAUCAGUGCCAUUAAAACGCAAAGACCCCGUAGAGGUGACUACAAUUAUACACCUUUGGUUGGUUCAUUAACAACAGCGAUGCGUAAUUACGAUUACGACUCCUUGUGAAAUGAAAACUUGUUAGACUAUUGGAUACAUGGCAACACGUCUUGUUCUUUGAAGCUGGCUCGUGGCGCAAGGUGCGCAAGAAGAAGACACACACUAGGGACUUCCAUAAAAACAGCACCGGUUCUCAGCUGUGGUCAGAGCGCACACUUUUACGCUAUGAGUCACUCUCUCUCUCUUGGGCGCAAAAACUCACACUUGACAAACUAGAUUAGACACUUUGUCUUUGUUUUCAUCUAAUGCCUUAAAGUGUGGUGGCUGCUGAUUAUCCGUUCCGUUUCUGCCCCAAAGUAAGCAUGGUAACUAACAUGGCAGAGGCUUUCUUCUAAUUCAGUUAGAACAGGAGGAAACAAAACUACAACUGGCACCCACAAUGGAGCCCCUAGACCAGACCUACUGGUUUCCCCUCGCAUCAGACCUCAACUCCUCCUUUGGAGCCACUCCCUCGCCCUUCCUCUUCUCCUACCCCCGCCUCUUCAACAUCUCCUCCAACCUGUCCACUCAAAGUGUGCCCUUCCAGGGCAGCAGCACUCUGAUGACCGCAGUCAUCUCCCUCACAGUCUUCAUGGUGGGUCUGACUGGCAACACUCUGGCCAUCUAUGUGGUGCUGCGCUAUGCCAAAAUGAAGACAGUCACCAACAUCUACAUCCUGAACCUGGCUGUGGCCGAUGAGCUCUACAUCAUCGGGCUCCCCUUCCUUACCACACAGAACGUGCUCUCCUAUUGGCCGUUUGGCUCCUUCCUGUGCCGCGUGGUCAUGACAGCAGACUCUAUGAACCAGUUCACGUCUAUUUUCUGCCUGACGGUCAUGUCCAUCGAUCGUUACCUAGCUGUGGUUCAUCCAAUCCGCAGCACCAAGUGGAGACACCCCCGCGUGGCCAAGGUGGUGAGCGCAGCCGUGUGGGCCGUGUCCUUUGUGGUGGUCCUGCCUGUGGUCAUCUUCUCUGAUGUUCAGGACACAUUUAACUCCUGCAACAUGAACUGGCCCGAGCCAAAGAAUGUGUGGUCGACAGCCUUCAUUCUCUACACUGCCACAGUCGGCUUCUUUGGACCGCUGCUAAUCAUUUGCCUCUGCUACCUACUGAUCGUUAUCAAGAUGAAGUCGUCAGGGGCGCGAGCGGGCUUCACCAAGCGUCGGCGUUCAGAGCGCAAGGUGACACGGAUGGUGGUGGUGAUAGUGGUGGUGUUUGUGCUCUGCUGGCUGCCGUUCUUCAUCAUCAACAUGGUCAAUCUGGUGGUCAUCAUCCCUGAGUCCAGCGCUACUGCCGGAAUUUACUUCUUUGCUGUCAUCCUGUCCUACGCUAACUCCUGCGCCAACCCGGUGCUCUACGGCUUUCUGUCGGACAACUUCAGACAGAGCUUCAGGAAGGUGCUGUGUGUGAGGAGUAUGAGGUGCAAGGCCAAUGGAGUGGAUGAUGGCGACCCCAGCGCUCCGCGCACUGAAAAGACCACAGCACACGACUGCGUCCUUCUCUCUCCUCGUAACCAGGUCUACCACGAUCCUCAGAGCAGCCAGAUCUCUCCUCACGCUCCAGGCUCGCCCACCUCCCACACAGCGGCAGACCUUCACCGUUCCACCCCUACAUGUCAGCCUCUCUCCACUUGCCCAGGAACCGGACCCACCGCUACUACAGCAGUCUCCAGGCUAACCUCCAUCGUAACCUCGGCUGAACUUCCCACCGUCACUGCCCUGACUACGCCCUCCUCCCCUGCAUCCAUAGCUCCGCAGGAACAGGAGCUAUAGAGUGAUGAACAUCAGGCGUUUAAGGAAGUGAAAAGAGAAGCUAUGGAGGAAUAGCAUGAUGUAAGACUACAGAUGUGGAAGCACAGGGAUUGGAUUAGCUGAUCAUAAAAGCAAAAAUGGAUGCUUUUCUGCAGCUGUAAUGUAAAAAUCCAUUCCCAGGACGACAUGAACACUCAUUCUAUUUUUCAUAUCUCAGUGUGUAUCUAUAUGACUCGCCCAGCUG